AACAAUGUUCAGUUUUGAAAAACGCUUGAUUGCGCCAUGGAACAGCCUGCGCAUGGUGCCGACUGGCAGAGGUCAUGUUGGCCAGUCUUGCUGGGAAGUUGGCGAAGCUCGCUCGGGCCCAGCGCUGGCCCGAAGCACUGGAGGUUUGGCAGGAGCUCAAGCGGGUAGAAACUGCGGAGAGGUUGGCUUGGGCACGGAGUGCCUUGAUCACUGCAUGUGGCAAUGCUCAAUGUUGGCAGAUGUCCCUGGAGUUGCUCACACAGGAAUCCAAAGAAGGAGGUGCAGAAGGAGGAUUAUUGGAUGAAGGAUGUUGCAGUGCUGCAAUCACCGCUUGUGGGAAGGGGGGCCAGUGGGACCACGCAUUGAGGCUUUUCGCAUCUAUGUCCAAAGGCAAAUUGUCGCCAAACGCAGUGUCCUACAAUGCAGCUAUAUCCGCCUGCAGUCGUUGCACGCAAUGGCCAUGGGCUUUGGAGCUCUUUGAGAGAGCACAUAGAGGGAGCAGCGCCCGAAGCUUGGCUGACGCCUUCACCUUCAACGCAACCAUGGCCAGCUGCGGCAAGGGACAGCAGUGGAAGCAGUCCUUGCAUCUCUUCACUGAGAUGCAACGCACCAAGCAUCGACCGGACAAGGUCACCUAUGGAGCCCUUGUGGGUGCUUGCGAAAAAGCAAGCGAGUGGCGCAAAGCCCUCGCGUUCUUCAGUCAGAUGGGAGCUGAUCGAGAUGCCAUUAGCUGCGCAACUUUGAUCAGCGCUUGCGAGCGUGGAAGAAAAUGGGAAGAGGCAAUGGCGUUUCUGGAAAUCAUGAAGUGUGACAGCCUACAACCCUCGGCGAUUCUGCACGGGGUGGUCAUAGGUUCUUGCAUCAAAAGUGGGAAACUCGAAGAAGGUCUUGGGUUGUAUCAGUCGAUGUUAGAAGAGAUGGUGCCCCAUGAGAUCACCACGAGCAGCUUGGUAGUGGCCUUGUCUUCCUCCUGGCGUUGGGAGGAAGCUUUGCAAUUGGCAAAAACAUCGGCUUUGCAACUCGGAGUUCGCCUAAGGACAUCUGCAGCUCUCAUCUCAAGUGUCGCAGCGGCAGAGUCCCUGAGCAAGUGGCAGGAAGCCGUCUCUUUGAUUCAACAAUAUCGUGAAUCAGCCAGAUGCGGCAAAUCCAGUCCGCCUGUGCUUGCUCUCACAGCCGCAGCUGCAUGUACACCACCUGUACAGAGUUCGAGUUUCCUGAAGGAGGCCGGAAAGAUGCUGAAGUGCUCAUCGGUCUUGGUGGAGCACAAUGCGGCCAUCACCGCAGCAGAGCGCAGCAGUCACUGGGCCUUGGCACUUCAUUGGCUGCAGAGCCUUCAAGCAGGCCCUUUGCAGCCGGAUGCCUUCAGUGUUGCUGCUGGAAUCCGAGCCUGUGAGCAUGCUGGUCACUGGCCUUUGGCACUGGAUCUCCUAUAUGGGCUGGAGGAGACUCGAAUUAUGCCAGAUGUGGUGGUGUACAGUUCAGCCAUCACUGCUUGUGAAAAGAAUCAUGAAUGGAAGAUGGCCUUGCUGGUUUUUGACCACAUGCAGCAUGCCAGUGUGUCUCCGAAUGCAAUUACUUACUCUGCAUGCAUUUCUGCUUGUGCACGGCACAGCGACUGGAGAGAGGCGUUGCAUCUCCUGGCUGCUGCGACAAAUGUCGGGCAUUUCACAGCGAUUGCUUGCAAUGCUGUGAUUACGGCCUGUGCCAAUGGUCAUGAAUGGCAGGUGCCUUUGCUGCUGCUUCAGCUGGUUGAGCCCACACUUGUAACCUUUAGCUCUGCAAUCAGUGCUUGUGAGCGGAGCACACAAUGGCAGCACGCUCUACAGAUUCUCUCAGACAUGCAGAUUGCUCUUUUCGGGUAUGAUUUGAUUCCAGUGAACACGUGCAUCUCUGCUUGCGUCAAGGCACGUCAACAAGACGCUGCAGCCAGCUUGCUUCGAAAGGCAGGACCAAAAACAGCCGCCGAACAUAAUUGUCACUGCCUCUUUCGGUUGACGAGUUUGGCGCCAAUGAGGACUGAGCCCUCGCAACCCGCCUUAAGGCGGAGCCAAGGCAGUCGAGGUCGUCGAAAGCAAGCAGCAACGCAAGCGCCUGGAACCCCACAAAGGAAGGGAUUGCUUCAAUGGAUUCGAAGUACGAGCGAAUUUCUUCCGCCCAGCGAACAAGCCCUUCAAGCCCGUGAGCAGUGGAAAGUCAAGGCUGAGCAAGAGUUUGAAGAGGUCUCAGACGAUCGUGAAGGACCUUGAAGAGUCCUCUGGCGUGUUGCAGGACCUGAAUAUGAAUAUGAUGGGUCGCUUGUAGAGUGCGUCCAUUCAGUUCCUUUGUUCGACACUUUCGUUUGCUGGAGCGUCGCCUUUCUGAUGGCCGAACGCCACCAUAUCCAGAGGAGGCCCGCGGCCCGCAUCAUUAAGUUGUUGGACGGACACAAGCUGGGCGAGCGUUCCACUUCCAAAUUGUUGUUGGCAGCUGGCGACAAGUACCAGAUGAAGGAGAUCCUUGCGACCAGGAUCAAGAAGACCACUUCCACUUCGUCAUCGUUUGCCAGCGCUUUGCCCCAGUCAGACGCUCAAGGCGCUCCUGGAGCACAGGUGUAAGUGUCAGACGCAGCUGAAGUGCGGGUCGUUGACGGCAGCGAUACAUCCACACAAUCCUCGGGCCCCCGAGUGACAUGAGUAUGAAACCAUGUUUCCCUUCUGCGCAAAACACUUCUGAGCUCACGGUGAAUGAUCUCCAAGGUUCUUAGUGCACUAAAGCGGCAGCGACGGCCAAUUUGUUUCAAGGUCCCCAUUGACCUUUCUCUUCAACACCUACGCCAACAGUGAAUGGGCAAAUGCUCCCAAGAACAAGAGUCAAGGUGGAAACAGAGCACGCACUUGGUAAGUCCUAUCGCCCGAGGACUAGCCGCCGAAGCGGCGCCGCUUGACAGGGCCUUCAACACAGCCUGCAUCUGAUGCCAAAAGCCGUUGAAAAGCAAUCCACCGGCUCAGCGCCACUUUCUCUGCUGAGAAGAGUGGAGGUCGAUGUGGCGGGCUUGAGACAGUCAUGUCGCAAUUUACGAUGGCCAACGCUUACUCCCUGUCCGUCUAGUGUUGCACUGGGGGCCUCGAACCCGGGCCUGACGGCUCAUUAGACCACACCAGACCAGUGCAAUUCUGAAGCAUCACACCAUGUUGGCGUUAACGCUCGUGGGGCCUGAUGUUCAUUUUCCAUGUUUGCCAUCCUUUGUUCAAGCGAGGGCGGGGUCGAACGUUGACGUGCUAUGAAAAGUCUUGAGCGCUGCAGAUGCUUUUAGGUCUAGGACAUUGUGGUCGAGCUUUGGUUAAAGUGUCUUUCUUAGGUAGCUCUUGCAAGCGAAGGGUGAGUUGUUUUGUACGUCUCCAGGCCAGUUUCUUGUUGAGAUUGUCCGCGCACUGUCGCCGCUGAUGUUCACAAGGAUAUUAGGCUGUGCUCAGUUGUAUCCAUGUCUUGUUUUCUUAUCUCGAUGCUGAUGCAGCUAUGUCCAACAUCAGCACGGCUUUGUUUCUUUUGUUUUUGCAGGGGUUCGUGUUGUGCUUGGUUCAGAAACCCAUGUCUGUUGUGAAUCCAAAAUCAACUCAAUCCAUUCUUCGAACGUUCUGCGAUCACAAUCGUAUAUUGUUUCGCGGUGGCUUCAUUCAUUCGCACACCUGUGAUCGCUUUUUUUCGUUGGGCUUUGCACCGCGCUAUGUUUGUUCCUUGUUCGUGUGCUGUUAGCAUUGUUCUGUCUUUCCUUGUUGUUAGACACUCACCGGUUGUUGCGUACGCAGUUGAUGUGUCUUCACUUUGGGUUCAUGACUGCAGAUAGUAUAGGGAGCAUAGUCGCGCAUUGUCACACUCCAUGCAAAGACGUUGUUCACGGCCAUUCCAGACUGUUGGCAUCGCUACUAGGAGCAAGGACGCUACCAGGGGCUCCUGGCCCUACUACUAGGAACAAGAAGCUAUUAGAAACAAUUUUGUUGAUGUAAAUUGUGCAUUUUUGACUCGACCUCAGGGUUUGCAGCAACCAUUGCGGCAGCAGAUCUUUGGUGAUGACAAGUGCAGAUCCGUUCCUGUUCAGUACGUUGUGGCUUUCGUGUUUGCACAUUUACUUUGACAAUGCCUCUUGCUAUGUUUGUUUCAUUUGUUUACCUUUGCAGGACUUUGGGAUCCAAUCAGAAGACAAAUGAAUAUUCACUCAAGAUAAUCAACUAAAAAGC